UCCUCAAUGUCUUCUUCACCAUGCAGUGCAGUAAUCAACAUUAUUGCAGCUCAGCAUCAUCACAAUGCAGCUGCCAGGAAAAUAGCUGCGUUUGACGCAUUGUAUGCCUUGGACGACGACGAAGGGGAUGAGUUCAAAGAUGAGGGCCUAGCAGCUUCAUUUCAAAAAGUGAAGGGCAGAACUCCUGGAGAUCCAACCACCACUUCCCUUUCACGCUCGCGUCGCACACCAGGCAGACCUCCAGGCAACCUUGCACGCUCCGUCUCCAACAUAAACUUACCCCUACCACAGUCGGCCCAGCAACGUCCAAAUCCUAGGAGGGCUAAGAAACCUCUUGAGCUCUUGGAAGAGUUGAGUGCUUCUAAUUCAAUAAUCAAAGAUACUCCUCCAUUACAACACCAUCAUACUGUUAGUGGUGUGCCUUCACUCGACAGGCCUGCUAACGAAGCAAUGCCACCUUCUUCUUCUGCCCCGCCCGCUUCUUCUGCCAUUCCCAUGAUCAAGAACAAAAAGGGCAAGGACUUCUUCCCAAACAGUGACACGCACCCUGGUCGCAGACAAAGGAUCAUCAGAGCUCUGGAGUAUGGCGCAACUUGGCAGAAUGAGUUCAAUGAUACCGUCACUCACAUCAUCACUGAUCGCGAGUAUGAUUAUACACAGCUGUUGAAGUAUCUGAAACUGACAGAACUGCCUGCCUUUGUUGUCCUGGUCAACGAAAACUAUCCGGCGUCUUGCAUGGAAUUCUACAAACUGGUGGAUCCAUCGAGUAUCGAGUUUAGAGUCAAAGGCUACGAGAUGCCCGCUCCUGUUUCAACGGCACAGCCUCAGCCAGUUCCAUCUCAGGUGUCCGAGGUGUCUCUGAAGCUCAAGCCUGCAAAGAGAAAUGCGACAACUCUCUCUUCCCAAUCGACACCCCAGCCAGAAGCAAGUCCCAACCUGGCGCCUUCAGCUGCGUCGCCAUCGGCUUCUCCUGCACCUGUCAGUACCGACGAACCGCAAGCCGUCAACAAGGACGAGGAUGAACUCGAUUCGGCCAUUAGGGAGGCCAAAGAGUCACANCCCCUUGCAUCCGACGACGCAGAAGAUGACGGACGUUAUAAAAGACGUAAGCCCAACAACUGGCAAGAUAAGUUUCAGUGCAUGCACAAACACACUGGCGGCAGCGGCGAUAAAGGUCCUAAUGCCCAGACGCUGUCCGUCCUGCAAGAGCUGGCCGACUACUACGAUCAAACACGCGACCAGUGGCGUUCGAAAUCAUAUCGCCAGGCCAUCUCCGCAUUGAGAAAAUACCCGACUAAGGUUACCACAAAGGAAGAAGGACUACGUGUCUAUGGUAUUGGCACAUCGAUAGCAGAAAAGAUUGAAGAGAUUGUCAGGACAAGCCAUUUGCGCAAGCUUGACUCUACAAAGAUGGAUGAGCGCCAACAGAUUCUCAACAGAUUCCUGAAGAUAUACGGUGUGGGUUUGCAUGCAGCAGAGCGAUGGGCCAGUGCAGGUCACAAAACUCUCGAUGACUUACUUCAAAAGGCAGAGCUGACUGACAACCAACGCAUCGGCAUUGCUCACUACGACGACUUCAACAGCCGUGUCCCUCGUGCUGAGGUCGAAGAACACGCUGCAAUGGUCAAGAAAGCACUCAACGGCUUGGACCCAGGUUACAAGAUCUACACCAUGGGUUCUUAUCGCCGUGGUGCCAAGGACUCUGGCGACAUCGACCUUCUCAUCACCAAACCGGGAGCAACCAUCGACAAGAUCAGCACGACGGUUAUGGACCGUCUUGUGCCAUUUCUCACCAAACAGAAAUUCCUUGUCGCAGCACUGGCACAAACCUCUCAGUCGGACGGUACUAGAUGGCACGGUGCAUCCUGUUUGUCUGACAGCACUGUCUGGCGUCGUAUAGAUUUGCUCCUUGUGCCAGAGGAAGAGCUCGGCGCGGCCCUGCUCUACUUUACCGGCAACGACAUCUUCAACCGCAGCAUGAGAUUGCUGGCUAGUAAGAAGGGGAUGCGCUUGAACCAGCGCGGGCUCUACAAGGAUGUACUCAGGGAUUACGGUCGCGAAAAGUUGAGCGAGGGUACUCUUGUGGAGGGCAGGGAUGAGCGCAAGAUCUUUGAAGCUUUGGGUGUACCUUGGAGACCCCCAGAGCACAGGAUCUGCUAG